CAAUGGGGGCCAGGCUGCCCUUCUUCCUCUUCCUGACACUCCUGAGCAGCUCACAGGGAACAGGGCCAAGAAUGAUUUUGCAGCUGAAGCUGAAGGACUCCCUUCUAGCAAAUUUCUCCUAUGAUUCCAGCUUCCUGGAAUUGCUCGAAAAGCUCUGCUUCCUCCUCCACCUCCCACCUGGGACCAAUGUCACCCUCCAUCAUGCAGGAUCCCCACACCAUGCCAUCUGCAAAGUCUGA